UGUAGGAAGUCCGUCGGUAUGUCCGUCAUUGUUCAGUGAAAUGUUCGUAUGAGGUGGCAUCCGCAGUGGGAUGUCCGUAUGACGUGGCAGGAGGUGUUUUUGGGAUGUCCGCGGGGAUGUCAGCCGGGACAUCCGCACCACUACUAAUGCUCUUACCCUCAAAAUCUAGAUGCUAGCAGAGAAAUAACUAACCAAUUUAGCCUCAACCAAUUAUGAGAAGAGAAAUAACUAACCAAUUUAGCAAGGGAGAUGGAGAGAGACAUAAUAAACACCAACAAUUAGAAAACCCGCCACCAUCUCUCCUCUCACCCAAUCAAAAUACUAACAACUCCUCGCCGAGAAAUGUUGCUGCGGCGGCGAAUGAUCGGCUGAAGAGAGACGAGUGGAGCGAAGGCGCGGUAUCGUGCCUGCUCGAAGCGUACGAGGCCAAAUGGACGCUCCGGAAUCGAGCCAAGCUCAAGGGCCAGGACUGGGAGGAAAUCGCCAAGCACGUCUCCGCGCACGCCGCCGCCUCCAAAUCCGCCAAGACGCAGACGCAGUGCAAGAACAAGAUCGAAUCCAUGAAGAAGAGGUACCGAUCGGAGUCCGCCGCCGCACCCGACGCCUCCUCCUGGCCGCUCUAUCCUCGCCUCGAUCUUCUCCUCCGCGGAAAUGGAGUUUCCGCUCCUAACCCUCCCCCUGUUGCGGUGGAGGAGAUUGGAAUCGCCGCGCAAAAUUCACCUAAUUCCAACGGCGGUGGUGCGGUGGGUAAGGAGGAGGAAGGAGAGGGCGUCAACAAUGAAGAGAAGGCGAUUGAUGAGAGCGACAGCAGCACACCAGCAAUUGAUGUGGAGAAGGAGAAGGGGAAGAUGAAGAGGAAGCGAGAACGGGAGGGGUGCUGGGAGAGCGUACGGUGGUUGGCGGAGAUGGUGGUGCUGUGGGAGCAGUCGCGGAUGGAGACGAUGAGAGAGAUAGAGAGAAUUAGAGCAGAAGCAGAGGCAAAGAGAGGGGAAUUGGACCUUAAACGGACUGAAAUCAUUGCAAAUACUCAGCUGCAAAUCGCUAAGCUUUUUGCUAGAGGAUCAUCAUCCAUCCAAUAAUCGCAUCUUCGUCUUCAAGUUAUUCGAUGUUUGAUUUUUGUGACGGAAACAAAAAAAAAAAAAAACUCGUUAUCAAUGAAUAUAAUAAUAGGAUAAUAUGUAUUCGCACGUUUACAAUACGAAUAUGUUUUAGGACUUGAAUUGGAUGAAUUUAUCUGUGUGAUUGCGAUGCGAUUAAUAUGCAGAUUAAUUAGACUUUGAUCUGAUCAAUUACUUGAUUAUUACCUAGAAAUUAAGCGCUUCAACCAAAUUAAAGGCCA